UCCAUAGCUUUUCGUAACUUCGCGUCUCGUAUCCCCUCUUUCACUCACUCAGAGGCCAUCGGAGGAAAAGACGCGUUGCCAAUUGUCAUGUUGGAUUCGAGAAAGAAAUAUCUCUUCUGUCAAGUGGUAAAUUAGCUGCGAUCACACAUCAUUGUCCUGCGACUUUGACGUCUAUUUGGGAAUGUUUUCGCCCGAUACUGCCUGCACAUCCCACUCCUAAUGCAGACUGCAACCACCCAGCCCAAUCAGCACCGAAUUGAGUGCAUGCAAGUAGCCAUUCAGGAGUAACCAGCUGUUCAUUUCCCACGAUACCGGCGGACCUUCUGGACCAACAGAAAAUAGUAAAGCAAAAGACGGCGUCUGCGAAACUCCUCCAAAGCUAACUAACCUACUACGGGGCUGACAACGACGGACGAAUGGCACAUUCUCAGCAUGCGGCAGCCAAGCACCGGUCCAGACGUCGACACCAGUCACGCACACUCUCCCCAUCUCGCCACCAUGAUUGGGACUCACGACAUCCUCCCAUGCCCCAUUCGUUGCCUUACCGACCCCGACAACCUGAAAUACGAAGGCCCGCCGGCUGGAGCACAAACUAUUAUUCUCCUCGAGGUGCACCACUAUCCGAAUCCGAAUCCGACGACGACGACGACGAAGUAGACAUUCCCGACCCAAUGCCUCAUCCGCAGCAGCAGCAACUAACCCGAGCCCGUCGCGCUUCCUCCCGGAACGGAAAGGGCCGGGCCGUAUUUCUUGAAGUGGAAGAGGACGACGACGAUGACGACGAACAGGACCGGAUGAUGUCGAGACUGAGAUCUCGAUCGAGACCUAGGACGCAGUCGAAAGUGAGGUCAAGGUCGAGGGCGCAAUCAAAGGCUAGAAGCGACAGCAGCAGUGGAGAUGACGAGACUUACGAACUUUCAACCCCGCCGAGAUCUACUCCCGUAUAUCGAUCAAGGCCAACCUCGAGACUUCCGUCGCCAUCUUCUUCAAGAAGCUCGAGCGUAGACACGGAUUCGUCGACAUCUACCGAGGAAAUGAGGAUACAGCGACGAGCACGUAGUAAGAGACCGUCCGAAGUGCCGGUAACACCGCCCCCACCUGGUGUCGACCGGACCGAUCGCCGACGACAUCGGCAUAGUAGACACCGGGACAGACCUGCUUACAGGGAAGAAAGCGACGAUGACGAACCCGAAUUCGACAACAGAAUUCGUUUGCGAGCGAGGUCCAAGUCCGUACCACGGCAACCCACACGGAACAUAGAUUCUCGCAAUUCUUCCAUGAGACGCAGUUAUCGACUUCGAUCCCGAGAUCGGUACGACGAAGGAGAGCCUAGUUCCUCAUCUAAGAGGUUAGUAACUACGACUAUGAAAAAAUCUAGGUAGUGAUUAUCGGUUCUAAUUAUGAAACUCUGCCAGACCAAACCAUCGGAGGAGGUAUUAUGAGUCUGAUGCAGCAUACGCCGAGAAGCCUUCGCUUCCUCGGGCGCAUACCGCACCCAGUUCUCACGUAGCGUCGCAGAGUAUGAGUUCCUCCUCGAGACGUUCUUCAACAUUUCUGAAUAGGCUCAUGGGUUCAGGACUACAAUCACCGCCCGAUAAGCACUCGAAGACGUAAGUAUACCUGUACAACCCAACCCCUCGAAAGAGAGGGGGAGGGAAAGGAUGUAAAAUUAAUUUAU